UCUACUACGUCGGACGUUACGCGCUAGAUUUUUGUUUAAAUUCUACCUUCCGCUUGCAUCUCCGCAGUAGCAUAAGCUCUCCAGAAUUUGUGUUUGGUUUAAAAAGAACUUAAGCUUUGUCUUACAUAAUAACUAAAACUGAGUUUAAAACGGCCAACUGACGACAGGCAAUUAACAAAGACACGCAAGUGGGCCUACAUUCUGCGCUAUUAUGCAAAGUGCAGGAAAAGCAAACACAGCAGCAAGAACAACAACAUCGUAGCACUGGCCUCUGGUUGUGUGUAAAAACAAAAAAUGAAAUGCAAAAGUGCCUUAGUCUUAGACUCCAGCUCGCAUUGAAUUAAAAACGGAGGAACCAGUCACCAGAAUCAAAUCAGUUUCGAAGCGCGCCAUUUGUAAACUCUUUGUUCGGUUUUCCACAAGAAUAAAACUGGUGGCGACUGGUGCAUGAUGAGCGGGGUAAGAGGCGGCGGCAGUGGACUGCUGGAUAUUUACGCCAUGGCCUGGGAGCAUCUGAGACCCGGAAGCUCGCCCGUCGAUUGGUGCGAGGGCAAUUACUUAAUUUCAUCGAAUAUAGCUGAGUUUGUGAACACGUUUAGUAAUUUCUUGUUUAUCCUACUCCCGCCUGUGCUGAUAAUGUUGUUCAAGGAGUACGGACGUUUUGUUACACCCGGAAUCCAUGUGAUUUGGGUGCUACUCAUCGUGGUCGGCCUGAGCUCCAUGUAUUUCCACGCCACUCUCAGCCUUAUUGGCCAACUGCUCGAUGAGCUGGCCAUCCUGUGGGUGUUCAUGGCUGCUUUUUCUCUGUUCUAUCCAAAGCGCUAUUAUCCAAAGUUUGUAAAAAAUGAUCGCAAAACCUUCAGUUGGCUAAUGCUACUGUCGGCGAUUGCCGCAACGGGCCUGUCAUGGUGGAAGCCCAUUGUUAAUGCCUUUGUUCUUAUGUUUAUGAGCGUACCGACCAUGGUAAUGCUCUACACGGAGCUGCAGAGGGUACGCGACCAGAGAGUUUACCGCCUGGGUAUCCGAUCGACGACUGUUUGGGCCGUGGCUGUGUUUUGCUGGAUCAACGACAGGAUUUUCUGUGAAGCCUGGUCUGCAAUUAACUUCCCGUACCUGCACGGCUUUUGGCACAUAUUCAUAUUUAUUGCUGCGUAUACGGUGCUAGUAUUGUUCGCGUACUUUUACGUGGAAUCGGAGCUCCCUCAGCGGCAGCCUCUACUCAAGUACUGGCCAAAGAAUGACUUCGAGUUCGGAAUACCGUUCAUAUCGAUAAGAAAUCCAGAUUCAAAAGAUUGGCUCAUCUACUGCAGCCUGUAUAUGCAGGACUACGACUUCAAGCACGGAAAGAACUAGUGACCAGAUUCGCUCUCUCUGUAAUACAAAAAUAGACAAUUACACCGUGAUAUAAAUUAGGCUAUAAGAAGGGGAAGAACGAGUGUCUAAAUUAAUUUUACAAUCCCUAGAUAUUUCAAAGCUUACUACUCAAUGCAGAAACCAGAUUUAUUGAAACCCAAAUUACAUAGCUGCCAUAAAGAACGUAAUGUUAAGAAAUAUUUAGAAACAUAUUAAAAAAGAUAGCAAAUGUACUGAGUUAA